UGAAACUUUGGCGCCACAGACUUUUAAACAUCUGGAGGAAACAGCGGAAAGACCGUCAAGAAGAUGACUCCAAACAUUAAAAUAGUCCUCUAGUUUUCACGGAAACGUAACGUUAAAUAACGCUGUUGUAGUAGUCGGUAAUCUCCCGGUUGUGGUCCUCUGUAACGUGAGUUAACGCUGUUGUAGUAGUCGGUAAUCUCCCGGUUGUGGAGAUGUCUCUCUGCGGACCGUUGUAACGUUAGCUAACAGAUACCGCUUAUAAACGGCUCAUUUACCGCUGAGCAAACUCCCAUAAAUACAUACACCUGUCCGGACUUUAAUCAGCCACCAUGAACAGGACCAAGCUGAAGAAAACCAAGGCACCAGAAGGCCACAAGAAUAUCUCCUCCUUCUUUUCCUCUCAAAACCACCAGAAGGACUUGUCACCUUCCACAAAAUUGUUUGUCACUGGCAACGCACUCGCCAAGACUGAACCUCAGAUCAAAGAUGGUGAAACCUCUAGAUUCAGAACCCAUUCCCCCUUAAAGAGGAGUAUCCUUGGGGACCUUGAAAACCUCCUGCCUUCCUCGCCAGAUCUUCUCCUUUCUGUUCCCGAGACACCCAAGAGUCAGAUUAGGCUUGCUUCCUCUUCUUCGUCCAAAGAUUCAGGUCAACUGAGCCCCCAGCCCAGCAGAGAGGUGGCGAGCUUGGAGAAGCUCUGCCAACUGUCCCCCAUGUGUCGCAGUCCCCGAUCCAAAGGGCAGAGUGUACGGAGAGUGAUGAGUGACAAUGAAGGAAAAACCAAGAGGGAAGAGGGAGGUUUUGGCUCCACAAAAAGACUCUUCAGCCCUCCUCAAGAGCUCCACAUUGCCAAGAGACCAAGAACUGCCAAUCCACCAGCACAAAGAGCUGUGCUCAGCCCCACAGGUAGCAACCUGAAAAUAACAAGGCCUGUGAUUGGGCCUGUGAAGACACCUCACUUCUCCAGUCACCAGUCAGAAGGUCAGAGCAGAGCUUCUAAAGUGAUCUUUAAUGGCAGCACAAACAAAAUGAUGUCAUUGAAGUCUGCUUCUUGCCAAUCUUUUGGGGAACAGAGAAAACAUCAGGAAGCGAGAGAUGGAAACAAGGAAGAUUCUGUUUUUACUUCGGUAACAGAACAGAAGGCAACUGGGGCGAAAGCCAGUGGAAACUCACACGCUCAUCUGGGUAAGGAUACUCCCACUCUUACUGCUCACGUGCAGAAACCUAGUGCACAAAGUAUCACAACUGUGGCACAGAGAAGUGAAAAGGAGGGAGAGGUUGACAAGAAAGGAGCUACAAGAACUGCAGUGACCUCAUCAGGUGGAGACGGAGACAAUGUGACAUCAUCAGACCAGGGACAAGCUGGAGGAAUGACGUUGCCGUUUCCUGUGGAAGACGAGCUGGACGAGAGCUGGUUUGCAGAGCAGAUGGAUCAUAAUGAAGGUCUUAUUAAAGAGGAGAAACCCAAAAAACCCCGUAAGGUGCCAGACCACGUGAUCCUUUCUGGAGGCCUAAACAACCGCUACUGGGUAUUAGAAGUCGAGGAGAGGCCUGGCCACAAAACACUGACUAUCUCAUGCUCCAAAUCUCUACACCCAACUGAGACAUGUCUGCUGAAAGAUGGAUGGGAGAUGACUCCUGUUUGUUGUGGCGAUGUGGUGCAUAUGGAGGGCCACUCUGAUAGUGGAGCCUGGUUAGUGGACAGGGAGCAGGGCUUCCUGGUUUUACUACCCGACAGCCUCAUCUCAGGUACCAGCAUCUCGAGCUCCAUCCGCUGCAUGCGGCGUGCUGUAUUGGGAGAUAUGUUCAAGAGUUUUGAUGGUGGCUCCAAGCAAAUGCUCAACGGCACCAUUGUCCAUGAAGUCUUCCAGAGAGCAGCUACAGCUAAAGAUUUUUCUUUGGAGACAUUGUCUAAACUGGCUGACCAGGCCCUGCACAGUCCUCAGUACCUGGGAGACAUGUACACUUUGGGUGUAAGCCAGGAAGAGAUGAAGCGGGAACUGCAUGAUUAUCUGCCCUCACUGGAGCAUUGGGCAAAGGAAUAUCUCAGCUCCCCAGCACCAAAAACCAUCAGCCUCAAAAUCCCUAGCAACAGCCGAGCUCCAAGCAGGUGUCAGGACUCUGCAACUGUUGUCACGGUUACAGAGCUGGCAGAUAUAGAAGAGAAUGUGUGGUCACCGAGAUUUGGCCUGAAAGGGAAAAUUGAUGUGACGGCACGUGUUCGAAUCCAAAGACGAAGUCACAGAACCCUGGAGGAGAAAACUGUCCCCCUAGAGCUCAAAACUGGAAAGGAGUCAAACUCAAUCGAGCAUCGCAGUCAGGUCAUUCUUUACACUCUGAUGAGCUUGGAGAGAUACAAUCCUGAAGCUGGCUUCUUGCUUUACCUCAAGACUGGCAACCUACACCCUGUAGUGCCCACCCACAUGGACCGCAGAGAGCUGCUGAAGCUGAGGAACACCUUGGUUCAUUACAUUCACAACUGUGUGGACAAAGAGAAGAAGCGGAGCCGUUUGUCCAGACUUCCUGACAUCCUGACAAACAGACAAACCUGCCAGUAUUGUCCUCAGAAAAUAAACUGUGCUUUAUAUGAGAGGGCGGUUGAUGGAAACUCUGCAGAUGUCUCAGAGGACGUUGUGCGUGACUUCCUGCAGCUGGAGACGGGUCACCUGACACCACCACAUCUGAGCUAUUUUUCCCAUUGGCUGCUGCUCUGCUGCCUUGAGGCUGCCACCAUGGAGGCCAAGAAUGGCCGAAAGCGUGUGUGGCUUCGGACGCCAGAGGAGAGUGAGAAGAAUGGGAGCUGUGUGGGGAAUGUGCAGCUCAGCGGCCCAGUGACCAUACAGUCCGAAGGGGUUUUCCUCCAUCGUUUCCAGCGAAGCAGUGCGGUGCUGCAGAAGGGUUUGGCCAACAGUGGUCUGGCCAGCGGGGAUCGCAUUGUCGUUAGCGACCAGGAAGGUCGUCUGGUUGGUUUGGCAACGGGAUACCUGUGUGAGGUCAGCAGGACAUGUGUCAGUUGCACCCUGGACAGAGACCUGUCUAAGUUCAGUGGUGUGUUGUUUCGAUUGGAUGGAGAUGAAGGUGUGGUGGGCCUCAGCACUCACCUCACCAAUCUGUCCAGACUGAUGGAAAACGGUCAGGACAGUGAUCGUCUGAGGGAGCUGGUUGUUGACCUUCGUCCUCCAGAGUUUAUUUCCAACCUCAGUUCUGUUCUGCCAAGAGAGGCCAAGGACACUGUGGCCAACAUCCUUAAAGGUCUCAACAAACCCCAGAAGCAGGCCAUGAAGAAGGUGUUGUUAUCAAAAGACUACACACUAAUUGUUGGCAUGCCAGGCACAGGCAAAACCACAACCAUCUGCACCCUGGUUCGCAUCCUUCACGCAUGUGGGUUCAGUGUGUUGCUGACCAGCUACACCCACUCUGCUGUUGACAACAUCCUGCUGAAGCUAAAGCGUUUCCGGGUUGGAUUUCUGCGUCUUGGACAGGGACAGAAGGUUCAUCCAGACAUCCUGCCCUACACAGAGGAAAGUAUAAGGAAGAAGGGAGUUCACACUUUGUCAGACUUGGAGCAGCUUUACAACAAGGAGCUGGUAGUGGCAACCACCUGUAUGGGCAUCAAACAUCCCAUUUUCACACGUCGGCGGUUUGAUUUCUGCAUCGUGGAUGAAGCUUCACAGAUCAGCCAGCCAAUCUGUAUGGGACCCCUGUUCUAUGCCAAGAGAUUUGUACUGGUGGGGGAUCACCAGCAACUGCCACCAAUAGUACAAAAUCAGGAAGCUAGGUCACUUGGGAUGGACGAAAGUCUAUUUAAGCGACUGGAGCUUCACAGCGAAGCGGUGGUCCAACUCAAUGUACAGUACCGGAUGAAUAGGCAAAUAAUGUCUCUCAGUAACUCUCUGAUGUACGAGGGCCGGCUGGAGUGUGGAUCAGAGAGGGCGGCCACGGCCCUGCUCACCCUGCCCUUCCUGGUUUCUGUCCAGUCGGAGCUGAGCUCCUACUCGAAGACUGAUCCCCAGCACGACCUGGCUUGGAUACAGGCCACAUUGUUGCCUAGCAACCCUGUUUGCUUCCUCGAUUGCUCAAUGGUACCAGCACUGGAGUCAGUGGAGCAGGGAGGUGUAAGCAAUCACACUGAGGCUGCUCUCAUACACAAGCUGCUUUCACUGCUGAUAAAGGCGGGUUGUAAGCCUAGUGAUAUAGGUGUUAUCGCCCCCUACAGACUGCAGUUAAAGAGUAUCUCUGCUCUGCUGCAGUCCUCUGCGUUCACCGGUGUGGAGGUGAACACAGUGGACAGAUACCAAGGACGUGACAAAAGUCUGAUUGUUUUUUCUUUUGUCAAGAGCACUGCAGAGGAAGGAAAUUUAGGAGAGCUGUUGAAGGACUGGCGUCGCCUGAAUGUAGCCAUAACCAGGGCUAAACACAAGCUGCUAAUGGUGGGCUCUGCCACAACGCUACGACGCUAUGCGCCUGUGGAGAAACUACUCAACCAUCUCCAGCAGGAGAACAUGAUUAUCCAGCUCCCGCCAGCUGCCCACAAGGCCUUACCAAGCAUUCCGCUGUGAUAGAAGACUAUGAAGCCAUGGUGGUGUUUCAUGUCUGAUUCACCGUGGAACAGCCGCUGACUGUGGAGCACCUCAACAUGGCAGAGAUUGACUGCCAGUCUGCAAAAGCACUGAAUGAUAUGGCAGGAGGCCGUGAUCGGGGACUAGAGAUGCACAUUACACUAAUCAACACAUUAGAACUGACACUUGAAGGCACUCAAGGGGACGCUGCCUCUGAUCUGUACGAGACUGGUUGAACAUUGUACCUUUUAUAAUAGAAUAAUUUAAAAUGUCUUAUUAUACAAAGCACUCAAAAACAGGUGCCUUUCUAGCAUAACAUUUUAAUAUUUAAACACAUGCACGCAUGCAUGCAGGCCAGUUUGGGCUCUAACACUUCAUAUUUAAGUGAAGAGGAGUGGCAAGACCUUAUAAAGUUAAUCUCCAGACUGAACCUCAACAAGUUUUGUAAGCUAGAGACCCUUAGGCCACAGCUGCAAUUGUUAAUGUUGAACCAUUUUAAAUGCAACACACACUAGUUUUAAAUCUAUCAAUAGUUAAUGUCUGCUGUGAAACAAGGUACUGAGACACUGAACUACUAAAAUAGUUUGUAGACACUGGUGGAUUAUGGCACCAAACCUCAAAUAGGACUGGUCACCAUUCAUAAACUCAUAUUUUUUUAUCAAAUACCUCACUGAUACACUGUGACAGUAGUUUGAUUGACGUUUGGUUCUUUCAUUCAGCAUUUACACACAACCAAAAAUCAUUAGUAAUGUGAAUAUAGAGUUAUUUAUAGUUUCAUGUCACUUAUCUACAACAGCCAGAUAAGCUCAGAAAUUCAGUCAACUGAAUCGCAGUCUUAAGGAGGAAAAACUGAUAACCGGUUAAAACUCUGAAUUUGUAGGAAACCACAGCUUAGAAAGAACAAUAUUUUCUACGUACACCAGUCUACCGAUUGUAAACUAAUGCACUGGGAUGAUUCCUUUACUUUGUCAGAUAACAUCCAGGCCACCAGGGUAACUGAUUGUAACUUUAAACUGUUUCACUACUGACACAACCUCUGAUUUUACAUGGUUUUUUUUUGUUUCUGUAUUUAGUUUACUGUUUUUAAAUAUUGUAAUUUUGCUUUUGUGUCAUGUAAAUAAAUAAUACAAAUACUAA